AAUUAUUCUCUGUUUACUCUGAUAUUUCGCUUUCACUGCAAUAUUACCGAGCGCUCUAGCCUCUACCAUUCAUUCUCUUCUCUCGCUAAGCAUCCCUACACUACAACUCUGACGGGGCCCCCGAAUGGGGGACGAGGCGUCAGCAGGAGAAAGUACGGAAGCCGUGGAGCGUCAGGAGGCAGACGACGAACUCAACAACCGCGGCAGCAACUCAGAAGACGUAAAUCUCGGUGUCAGUCUGGAGAACGACGAGCGAAAUCGACGCAGAAAGCGCAAAACGAGUCAGCCGCAGAGAUAUCGACCACAAAGCAGCGAAGAGGAGAUUCCCGUCGAAAAGAACCUCUACAUCGUCGUUGGCAGCGAAGAGGCGACGUCACUGGCUCGAUCUGAGUGUAAGGAGGAGAAGGUUGACACCGGAAAACGGUCGGAAUGUCUGAAAGAGACAAGAGCGGAGUUCGAAACGAAAGAUGAGACAUCGAAUGAGUCAGAGGAAUGCGUGGGUGGGGCUGGAGGUGGUAGAGAACAGGAGGUGGUGGCGAGUGAGGGAGACACUCAGUUGUCCUUGGAGCAUCAUUUGACGAAUAUGCGAGGAUUGGUGUACACCGACGAUGUACAGACUCCGAGUGUCGUUCGGAAGGAAGGCGGAUCGACGUCGACAACUGAGAAUGGACGGCGAAACGCGAACGAUUUGAAACCAUGGGAAAGCAGCACGUUGCCACGUACACCCGUGUUUCCAUAUCGAGUGCACGCGCCGAUAUACGUCCCCGAGCGUGUCAGUGAGCCCGUGUACAACUAUGUGAGAGCGAAUGUGACCGAUCGGGAUCGUGAGAUUCCGAGUUUGUUACAACCAGACGUGAAAACGUGUGAAAAUCUGGAAACGGAACGCAUUCGUUUGUCGCAGUGGGUAAGUCCGAGUCCGGUCGUGACGUCGAGUGGUUUCACGGUGGAAACAGCGGCGGUUACCAACACUGUGACUGCUGGCCGGGUGUAUUUGCCAUUGGCUAAAACAGGAGCUGUGGUGAUCACCGCAUAUCCCAAUGUGAUCACCACGUAUCCCAAUGUGAUCACCACGUAUCCCAAAGUGAUCGCCACGUAUCCCAGCACAGCAAUACAAUCACCGUCUGUCAUCCAGAGUAGCAAACCAAAGAGACGGUCGACGAAGGAGUAUAUGAGGGCUAAGAGAGCCGAUCCGAAUUUCCGUGCGGCCGAAGUGAAGUCGACGAGAGAGAGAAUGCAGCGUGCGAGACAAGAUCCUGCGUUUCGUGAAAAGGAGCGAGCGCGUCACCGUGAGCAACAGCGUGCACGCCGAUUAGACCCGGGGUAUGCCGCGAGGAUCAGAGAGAAACGAAAAGAAAGACACCAGAAGGCGAGACAACAACCCGACUAUCGACUCCGGGAACGAGAGCGGCAGCGAGAGUAUAUGAGAGCAAAACGAGCAAACCCUGAAUAUCGAAAGAAAGAGAGAGAACUGAAGCGACAAAAGAAGCGUCGUCUCUCCGACGACGGCGACCUCAAGGAAUCGAGUCCGAACGAGAACGUCCACGUCCGAUCGUCCACCGAACCAAUCAGUGGCACAGACAGCGACGAUUCCGUCAGUCAAUCGAAAGUGUAUUGGAGCGGACGAGAAAAUCGUAGCGAAUGGAUGGUGACGAGCCCUACAAACCAUUUGAUAUCAAACUUCAGUGACUCCACUAAUCAUGACUCCAGCUUGUCCACACAACCAGAAGUGCGACAAGAUAGCAACCUGGAUGCAUUCGGUUCGUCUGCGAGUAUCAACUACGUACGUUACGAUGACGGUAGAGAUGCUAGUGGUGGCCAAAUCGGCUCAAACUCGAGCUCGACAAUCACCUCGAGUCGUAGCGACUCGAGUGUUGUCUUCACCUCGACGUGUUCUCCGUACUUUAGGAAAGCGAACGAUUCGAGUCCUCAGGAGCAAAAGAUUGAGACGAAUGGAGAAGACGAACAAACACGAUGUGAGACGAAUGGUAACGAUAUGAUCAAAGAUGAGCGAAUCGGGUGCGACUCGGUGUCAAGCAUGAGAAAUGAGGAACACGAUGCCACAAAAUCGGAACUGGAGACGCAUUCACUCACUCCACCUAAUUCGGGUGCCAACAUUGAUGCCUGAUAUACGUACGUUGUUGUGUCGGCUAGAAGUGUGUAGCUGGUCGUGUUGUUGUGACGAGGAAUAUUUCCUUCGAUGCCCUAGAAACGAUGGGGUAGACCCUCUGCCUGUCAAGUCAGACAUACAACAUAAUUAGAUCACUUAAUAAAUAUACGAGUUUUGAUAUACAGUAA